CCGCAUCUGCUUGCCUUCCAUCGCCCUUCUCCCCAGAGCGAGCUGUUUCUCGGUGGUUCUGAGAUGCAGGAUGCCACCUUUGGGACGUCGUUCUUUUCGAUGUAGGCAGCGGAACAUCUUGCAUUUCCUCCGCAGUCGGGAGCUGCACUCUUCACCCUCUGGUCGCUACAAGCAAACAUAUUCUUAUAUAUACCCAAAUGAAACUGUGUACAAUGUGCCAGUUUUCGACUUUACAGUAAAGAAAUUUACGCCGGAUGGCAAGUACUUGGUCUGCUUCGCAAAGAAUAUGCAUGCAGUCCAGGUUUAUAAUUACAAAGGCCAGCUUCCAAGAAAAGGUGUUGGCGCAACCUUGGGUUUCAAUGAUGUGUUUGACCUGCGUUACGAGACUGUUCUUACGGGCGGACACGAACUGCUCUGCAAAGACUUCCUUCUCUUUACGGCUGAUCACCGCUAUGUACGUCGUUCUGAUCUGUUGUCGUAGGCAGCCAAAGUGCUGCGGUGCCCUUACAAGGUCUUCUGUAGAUGAUUGUUGUAUCUGCCGUCCCAUCAGGAUUUCCGAGACCCCUACAUAAUCCUGCGUCGCUUAAGAAUAUAUUCUUAUUGGAUGACAUAACGUUUUGGGUUCUAGACAUUGAAAGAGGACAGGUUACGGACAAGCGCGUGUUCAUGCAUGACUACAUAUUUUUGAGCAAUCAUGCAGGAGUACACUUGUAUGAUAACAUGUUGGGUAUUGCAUCGGUUCAAAAUCAGUCUAUAUAUAUCUUGCACAUCAAGGACUCUGGUAUUCUUCUGGACGUUCGAACUAUCGGCUAUCUAAAUAACGAGGACGAUGAAUUGGUAUUGGCCCGGUACCGAUUAGCGGAGCAAAUGUACAGUAACAAAAAGGUGACAGGGGGACCAGAAUUUAUUUGGGAUUAUAUGGAUAAUACUGGAGAAGAGGACGAGGACAGUGACUGGGACCGGGAGAGCGCUUGGGAAGGGUGGGAAGGCUCUUCACUAGGGUCGCCGUCAUCGGACUCCACACCUCCGCCACUGCCCGUUCGCCGGUCGGAACCGCCAGAUUCCACAAAUGCCAUGGUGCCAGACGGUCCCGUUGAUCGUUCUCGUAAUGGACGAGCAACAUCAUUACGUUCUUUUGCUGCCCCGUCGAGUACUGCUAUUCCUUACGAAUGUACCCCCUUGAGCGGCGUGAAGCAACGAUUAAUGGCCUACUUGUUUCGAAAAGCAUAUUCGUCUGAUAGGACCAGUCAUCUUAGUCACUUCUACCAAACUUUUGCGCAUUUUGCCUCGUUGGCGUUAUGGCGCAUGCAUUUUUUGGACAACUUACAUAUUGUGAUAAAGUUUGGCUUGGCAGACGCCAUUGUAGGAAAGAACAUUGACUCAGCAACAUCUAGCCAAACGUCAUUCUUUGUUAUUUAUUCCCUUGCGACUACGAAAGUGUUAGGUGUUUAUGAAAACACGUCGGAGGAACUGCUAAAGUUGUACGAGGAUUGGCAAGUCUGCUCCGGCACACCGUACAACCAGUCAGGCCUUUCGAUCAGCAACCCAAGCAAUAGUCUAUUUGCACGAGAGGAGCAUAGCCGCCGAAUCAGGGCCGUGCAAAAGGCUAGAAACGGCGGACCAGUGCAAGCAGUGAAGCGCGUCCUUUCCGGCCUUCCCUUCAAUGAUCAGCAGUUUGUUGACUCCCCCUAUCUCGAUCACGAGCUCUUCAGUUACGAUGAUAAGGCUAUCAACAAUGUGGACAGAGCACGACCGUCCGGCGAGCAUCCCAUUAAGUUCUUUGACCGGCAAACAGGACAGUUCAAGUUUGCUAUUGACCCGAAUCUACCUUUGAACUCCCGCCAGGUGUAUGCACAAGUCCGCGGUGUGAAGCGCUAUGUAACCUGCAUCUUCCAUCCUGUGGAUCCUUUCAUUCUCUCAAUACAACAGGUCAACUCAUCAAUGACUGUUGUGAAUCUCCACAUUCGAAGAGAACAACAGCUUGAACCCGAUCGGUAAUCGAUACUGCUCGAAAAUGUAGCUUGCCAAUUUCUCACAUCACCAUUGGGAGAGUAUACACAAACCGCUCAUUGAUUCUCUUUGGAGAGUCGUCAUACACCUGUUGAAGAUACUGUAUGUCAAAUCUCUUGUGCGGCUCCUAUUCGUGAUAGCAUAGUCAUCGUGUAUCUCUGCCCGCGCAACGGCAUGGUCGGCCUUAGGAUGUAGCCUUAGUUCUCUAUCAAGUGGACAGCAGUGACAACGAACAGCGCCAAAAGAUCUGUAGAAGCACUAAUAUAUUUCAGCCUAAUCUGCCUUCUCCACAAUACGAGUCAAGUGUUCAUCAAUUUCAUUUUCUGAGAGAGUCCGGAAUUGGGGAGUCUUUUCGCUCACUAUUCCGAUCUCAAUAUCUGCAGACUUCAGAUCUUGAGAUA